CUACUUGCCCCGCCCGGCACACAACCACACGGCGACGCGAGUGAGACACCUGCCCCGUUACAACCGUACCAACGCAAGAGGAAGCUGCCACCAAGUGCAGCACAAGAACCAAAGACAGGCACUUACUUGCCCUCUUACGUCGUACUGCCGCUGCUUGAGGAACCAUCACCACGAAGACCGGAUGUCACGGGCAAUGGCCGGGCAGAUGCCGACCGGACAAUGACAACCACAACUACGCCGGCGGUCGGGACUGCAGGCGAAGGAGAGGUGAGGAAGAAGAAACAACGAGUGCAGAAGACGAAGCUCUUUGGCAGGACGCACUGGGUGGUGAAGGAGGACGAGGAGGAGAAAGGGCGGGAGACUGCAGCCCAGCAUCAGAGCGCAGUCUUGGCCUCCAUCAAACAGACACUCGCUGCCGGCGGCAAGGCGUCCAAGGCGCAGAAGAAGGCGAUGGCCAGAGAUCCCGCUGUGCUGGCCAAGCUGCCCACGCCCAAGUUCGUGGACGCCCGCAUUGGGCGAGGAGUCAAGCCGGACGACGCCAAGAGAGCCGAACAACUCCACUCGCGCAAGUUGAUAGGGACACAGGUACCGUUGCCUCUUCCCCAGACACUCCACCCAGAACUCACCAGCGCGCACACCGUCAUCGCCCUUCUGUAG